CUGAGGAGCGGACUCACCUCACAACAAGUUGUAGAUUUCCUGGAUGGAAACGGAGGGCUGCUGACCGGGACUGUGAACACAGCCUCCGGGGACUAUGGCUCCAAGUCGGGUUCGGAGUGCGGAGGGGGCCCGGGCAGCAGGCGGAUGUCGUACUCAGUCUCCGGACAGUCGUGCAGGGUGGAGGGGGCCACAGAUGAUGAAGACCUCUACAUCCAACAAGCUGUUGUGUUCAUUGAGGACGCCAUACAGUAUCGCUCCAUCAACCAUCGGGUGGAUGCCAGCUCGCUGCAGUUGUAUCGAUGGUACUACUCUCGGAUAUGUCAAUGGGGUUUGGGCCUGACCAUUGCAGUGGUGUUGUUGCUUGCAUUCGUGGAGCGCCCGUCCUCCCUGUCCAUCUCCUCUGACCCGCGCUACCGCUCCCAACCCUGGGAGCCUCCCUGCGGCUUCACCGAGAGCUUCGAGUUGGUCUGCCUCAUCGUUUUUACUCUCGAUCUUGCUGUCAAGAGCUACCUGAUUGGCUGGGAUGAAUUCAGAAAGAGCAAAUGGCUGAUCGGUUACACAGCAGUCAUAACUGUGUCAGUCAUCGACUGGGUGCUGUCUGUCAGCAUGGUGUGUGACGAGAAACUGAGAGUACGACGGCUCCUCCGGCCGUUCUUCCUCCUGCAAAACUCGUCCCUGAUGAAGAAGACGCUGAAGUGCAUCAAGAGGACUCUGCCAGAGAUCGCCAGCGUCAUCCUGCUCCUGGCGCUCCAUCUCUGCCUCUUCACCAUGAUCGGCAUGCUGCUCUUUGCUAAAACUGAGGAUCCAAAGAAGAACGGGGAAUGGGAGUUACAUUUCAGAGAUCUGCCGGCGUCUCUCACGUCCCUGCUGGUGCUUCUCACCACAGCCAACAACCCUGACGUGAUGAUCCCUGCCUACUCCCUCAACAGACUCUACUCCAUUUUCUUUGUCACCUUCAGCGUCAUCGGAACCUACUGUCUCAUGAACCUACUGACAGCCAUCAUCUAUAACCAGUUCAGGGGAUAUUUACUGGUAAGUCACACACUGGGAAUUUGAAAUAAACACAAGAUACUUGGGCCCUCAUUAAAGGGUAAGCACUCAGUGAAGAAAUGUCUUCUCCAAAUCUGCUCUCAUGCCCUACUGAUUCAUCACCACAUGUUGCCAUCGCAUGCUACC